GUUGCAGGCAGAAGCAGAUCCCGGAAGUAGAUGCCGUUAGAAACGAGCUAACGUUAGCCAGCUUUUUGUUUUGCUGGCUGUCAAACCACAGCUUGACCUCAUUUAAAGAAACUGCAGCUAACGCUUCGUCCCGACUUGUACCAGCGACGUGUAUUUAGCAGCUUGCUAGUCUUGUUUAUUGACCGAAGUUUGGCUAAAGUUUUCGUCACUUUUAAAACCACUUGUGGAUCCAGAAGAUGGCAUCGAGAGGAGGAGGAGGAGGAGGGUUCACCCCGAUGGGUCUGAGCCCCAUGAAUGUGGGGCAUGCUGCGGGCAUGAGGAUGCCAGGUAUGCCCCAACCUCCGGGGGGAUACUCCCGGGGCAUGAACAACGCUCCCCAGUACCCACAGCGCCCAGGGAUGCCAUCUAACCGAGUUGGGGGCCCAAUGGGAUCAAUGGGGGGUCAGCCGCCUGGCCCUUCUUACGGCAGUGGGAACUUGUCCAUGAGGCAAGGCAUGGGGCCUCCAGGCAUGGACGCUUCCAGAAAACGCUUUCUUCAUAUGCAUCAACAACAGCAGCAGCAGCAGCAAGAGGCGCUGGGAGGCCUGAGACGAGGGCCAAAGAGACGAAAGAUGGCCGACAAGGUUCUCCCACAGAGGAUCAGAGACCUGGUCCCAGAGUCCCAGGCCUACAUGGACCUCUUGGCCUUUGAGAGGAAACUGGACCAGACCAUCGCUCGAAAGCGUAUGGAGAUCCAGGAAGCCAUCAAGAAGCCCAUCAUGCAAAAACGCAAGCUCAGGAUCUACAUUUCCAACACGUACACCCCCAGCAAGCCGGAGGGCGAGGAGGCAGAGAAGGUGUCCUCCUGGGAACUGAGAGUGGAGGGAAAACUUCUGGAGGAACCUGGCAAGCAGAAGAGGAAGUUCUCGUCUUUCUUCAAAAGCCUGGUGAUUGAGCUUGAUAAGGAGCUCUAUGGACCCGACAACCACCUAGUCGAGUGGCACAGAAUGCCCACCACUCAGGAGACGGAUGGUUUCCAGGUCAAAAGGCCCGGUGAUGUGAAUGUGAAAUGCACCCUGCUGCUCAUGCUCGACCACCAGCCCCCUCAGUACAAACUGGACCCCCGGUUGGCUCGUCUGCUCGGUGUUCACACACAGACGCGAGCCAGCAUCAUGCAGGCCCUUUGGCUCUACAUCAAGAACAACAAGCUGCAGGACUGUCAUGAGAAAGAGUUCAUCAACUGCAACCGCUACUUCAGACAGAUCUUCGGCUGUCCUCGCAUGAAGUUCUCUGAGAUUCCUAUGAAACUGGCAGGCCUGCUGCAGCACCCUGACCCCAUCAUCGUCAAUCACAUGAUUAGUGUGGACCCCACCGAUCAGAAGAAGACGGCGUGCUAUGACAUUGAUGUGGAGGUGGAUGACCCUCUGAAGGGCCAAAUGAACAGUUUCCUGUCCUCUACAACAAACCAACAGGAAAUUGCUGCGCUGGAAAUUAAGAUUCACGAGACGAUUGAGUACAUCAACCAGCUGAAGACUGAGAGAGACUUCAUGCUGAGCUUCAGUAAUAAACCUCAGGACUUCAUCCAAGACUGGCUCAAGUCUCAGUGCAGAGAUCUGAAGUUGAUGACUGAUGUGACAGGAAACCCAGAGGAGGAGAGGAGGACUGAGUUCUACGAGGGGCCCUGGGUACCAGAGGCUGUGGGCAGAUACGUCUACUCCAAGGUGCAGCAGAGAAGACAAGACUUGGAGCAGGUGUUGGGAAUCCGUCUCGCCUAAAGACAUAUUACAGUAUACAAUAUAUACUUGACUUAAUCAAAAUUGGAAUUUGUUGGGAAAUAAAUAGGCUACUGUUGCAGCUUAAAUGUUAACAAAGCCAUCCUCACUGACAUGGUAUAUGGGAAACAUAUAGGUUUGUAGUUUUAAAUCAACAAGUAUAUUGGACCAAAGUGAUUAACAUUCCCUUAAUUCUAUGAUUACUUUGUAUUUUGUGUCGUUUUGAGCCUGUUCAAAUAAUCUUGCCUUGUUUUGCUAAAUGUUUUGUUUAUGGUACAUUAUGCUUGAAACACUGUUAGCAUUGGUGCUGUGUAGGUGUUUUAGAAAGGGUGUCUGUUUACCAUUUAAAAGCCAUAACCUUAAGUGAGGAACAAUUCAAAAAUAAUCCAUACUGAACUGUUUUGCACCAGAGAUAUAUGUACAUAUUUCAAAGAUGUAUUUAGAAAACAUUGAUAGUUUGCCUUCAAAAAUACGUAGGAUUUUCAAAGAUGUUUCAUGACUUGGAUAGUAACUUUUUUUACCAACAAUAAUAAUUAUUAUUUGAAGAGCUGUUUUUUCUUUAUAUCGAUGGAUAUGUAAUUUGAAAUGAAACGUGUAUUUGCUUUGAUUUUGAGGACAGCUCUACAUGGGAAAAUGUGAGCUAAUUUGAGUCCUCUCUGUCCAGCUGUAAUUCAUCAGCACUUUUUGGAUGUUUACAUGUUGUUCUUGUUUAUUAUUGGGGUUGUUGGGGUUAUUGUUUUAAUACCAGGAAAUUGAACUGUUGCCAAAAGGUUAGCUGGUAUUAAUAAAAUAGAAAUACAGUUAUAGUGUGCCAACUAAACAAUGCAUCAGAUUUGUGUGUAUAGUUUCUAGUUUCUGGAGGUAACUUUUAAUUGAAAUGCCAUUUUGUCAAGGUUUUGUAUGAGGGUUUCUUUAAACAUUCCAUGUUGACAGUAUCGCUGUGCCAUUUGUUUUGUGAAGAACACACUUAAUGACAUUUUGUGUACAAAUAUGUGUUUGUAAUGCCUCUAUUGUAAAAUGUUUGCAUGUUUUCUAUCAAUCAAAAACCUUUAUCUUUUAUACAUUUUUCACAAUAAAUGUUCCUACCAAUG